AUGAAUCAAGCUCAAAUAAUUCAUUAAGUGUAACAAGUAUUUAAUAAGCUAUCCCAAAAUCACUCACAACCUAUGAGUAAGGAAACUGUAAUUAGAUUUUUGGAUUAGCAAUCAAAUAAAAUGUAUGAUCGAGUUUUAUUUGAAUAACUUUACUCAAGGAUGCAGAAAACUGACAACGGAUAAAUUACAAUCAAUGAUUUCAUUUCAAUUUUGAUGGAAGCAUUAUAAUCAUUAAAAAAUAAAAUAUCCAUUUUGGAAUAACAAGUUGCAUAAAAAUAACUAAAAGUAGAUGAUGAUCAAUUGCAUCUGUAGCAAUUGUAAAAUGUUGAAGAAUAUAACUCACACAAAAUAUGCAAGGGAAGCAAAAUCAGAAUUACCAUUUUCGACGCUGCAAUUCAAUUCCCAGGACAUUCUAGAGUAGCAAUCAUUUUGGGUUGUGAUGAUAAGAAGUACUCCACCAAACCAGCAAAUAGACAAGCACCUGCUUGGAAUGAGAAAUUUGAAUUCAAUAUUAGCACAGGAGAUGAGGAAAUCUAUAUUGUGAUAUUGGAUGAGGAGUUGAUAGAAAAGCAAGAAAUUGGCGGAUAAGCAAAACUCAAUUUGAAGGAAUUUCACGAUCAAAAGCCCCAUGAUAUUUCAUUAUAGUUGAAAGAUAAGUAUGGCGUUGUUCUGUAUUCCACCCUAAACUUGAGAGUUCAAUGGAUCCAUUCGCAAGUACUACUUAUGCUUAAUUUUAGACCAAAUAUUUCAAAGAGUCAAUCAAAGAAAAUCAAUAAGUUAUUGAUGACUUAGCCUAAGAUAUCAAUGAAUAUAAAAGUGACAUCCUCUAACUAUUUUACCCUUUCGAUGAGAAACAUCAAAAUUAACCAAACGAGAAAUAUCUUGUAACUGAACAAUCCACUGUUUAACAAGUCCAUGAUUUUCAGUUUUAUGAUACUUCUCAAGCCUAACUCUGGGUUAAAUUAGCAUUGGCUUUUACAUUGAUCUACUUCGUAUUAGUCCUAAUUGCUAACCUAUUUAAGACACAGUUUGUAGAUGUAAAAUACUAUUUUAAUAAUAGUUAAUAGUAUUAUUUUAUAGUUUAUUCUACUAUAUGAAUAAUAAUAAGUUAUAAUCACUCUUACACUUUAAAAUAAUCUCACUUAUGAUUAUUGUGACAAUCAUUUUUGAUAUUGUUUGGUUAGUUAUUUACACUAAUCCUUGGACAACCAACAGUGUUCUCUUUUUUUAAUUGGAACACGGUCUCUAAAUGUAUGAAGUAAUCAUCUCAUACAUCUUACUUGCCAUCAAAGUAACAAGCACUUCAAUUAUAUUUAGGUGAUUCUAUUGUGUAUUUAUGCUAACUUAUACCUUAUGUGUCCAGACAAAAGAGUCAAUAUUUACGAUGCUCAAUAUGAAAUGAUAUUUGGACAUAAUUUACAAAAAAGUGAAGAAAGCUAAAAUCAAGAUGCGUAUAGCUUCAGAAAUACAAAUCAUUAUCUGCAUUAAUCAUUUUCUAAGAAUAUUUGA